AACAAGAAAACCAUUCCUAUAAUAGCUAUGAAAUACCUAAAUCAACAAUGAAUUUCUUUAAUUUUAUUGGCAAUGCAGAAACUAAUCAACACAUGGAAGCUUCAACAGAAAGAAAACAUUAUUGUAACAGUGAGGAGGAAUUGAAGAGUUUGACAAAGUUUGAGGUGGUGAUGAGCUAUCCAAGAGAGAAUGCCGGACCAGAGAGGAGAAUCUCAAGAGAGAGUGAGAGAGCUGGAAUUAAUCAGAAUGUACUGGGAAGAAGACAAGAGCCGACAACCGUAGCCACAAAGCAGCAGGAAUGUGUCACCCACCACUGCAGCCGUCCAAUGAUGACAAGGAAAUCUCAGGAGCCGGAGCUCAGGUGCACAACCAGCAGCCCAAAGCUGACCCGCAGCCCUGGCACCAGCCGGCGUCACUGUGGGCCCCGAAGACCCCAGCCAGAGCCCAAGAGGCCACUCCAGCCCCCGCCGCCCCCGCCGCCCUCACCGCAGUCACCUCCACCCUCACCACCCCCUCAGUCGCCCCCUCAGACUCCCUCGCAGUCACCCCCACAGUCACCCCCACAGUCACCCUGCAUCGCACUCGAGAACUCCAGCCACCCAGACUUCCCCAGCCUGGACCCCACCGACUCCGUGGACCCAGCCAACCCCGCCGACUCCCAGGCCCUCGCCCCCACUGGCUCCACCACAGAGGAUGCAGAAGACAUGGACGAAUGGAUGGCGGUCCAGUGCAUCUAUGAAAACAUGCCCGGUCUGGUCAGGCCCAAGCCCCCAAAACCCAAACACGCCAUCACCAUCGCUGUCUCUUCCCGGGCCCUCUUUGAUAUGGUGGAAGAGAACAAAAUCUUCGAGGAGCAAGGGAUGGAGAAAUAUCUCGAGUUCCAACUGGCUAAUGAGAAUGUCACACUGAAGCCAGGACCCGCCUUCCUUUUUGUAAAGGCACUGGAGCAUAUCAACGCCAGACUGCGUGAGCUUUAUCCCGAAGAUCAAGACUUAUUUGAUGUCGUGCUGAUGACUAAUAACCAUGCCCAAGUGGGUGUGCGGCUUAUAAACAGCAUCAAUCACUAUGGUUUAUUAAUUGAACGUUUCUGUUUGACUGGUGGGAAAAGCCCUAUUGGUUAUCUCAAGGCAUAUCUUACCAAUUUAUACCUUUCUGCAGAUUCUGAAAAGGUACAAGAAGCCAUAGAAGAAGGAAUUGCUUCUGCUACCAUGUUUACAGGGAAUAAGGAUAUUCCAUAUUGUGAUGACCAGCUCAGGGUGGCGUUUGAUGGGGAUGCAGUCCUGUUUUCAGAUGAGUCUGAGCAGAUUGCAAAACAGCAUGGACUAGAAAGAUUUUUCCAACAUGAAAAAUUGUUUGAGAACAAGCCACUCGCUCAGGGUCCCCUGAAAGGUUUUCUGGAAGAUUUAGGGAGGCUCCAGAAGAAGUUCUAUGCCAAAGACGAGCGGCUCCUGUGCCCCAUCAGGACUUACCUCGUUACAGCCAGGAGCGCUGCCAGCUCUGGAGCCAGGGUGCUAAAAACAUUACGCAGUUGGGGAUUGGAGAUCGAUGAGGCCCUCUUCCUCGCAGGUGCUCCCAAAGGACCCAUCUUGGUGAAAAUACGGCCUCACAUCUUCUUCGAUGACCAGAUGUUCCACAUUGAAGGGGCACAAAAACUGGGUACCAUUGCCGCACACGUGCCCUACGGAGUUUCUCAGAAGCUGAUGAAGCUUAAGGAAAGUCCUGAUACAAAAUAAGGCCAUGUCUUUAUUAACCAGCGAUUGCCCCUACGCGGCUAGUUACUUUUAACUUUUUAGGCUUCACCGUAACCCUCUCGGAUCCCAGGAACUAAACUCAUUUUGAAAGAUGUUCUUGUGCCGCCACCGAACGAUGGGCAUUUGAACGGUGUCAUUCCUUUAAACCUCAAGUGCAUUUAAUGUGACAUUUCAUUUUUUUUCUGCCAAUACUGCGAUUAAAUACAUGAA